AUCUUCACUGUCCGGGGUCCUCUCCGCGAAAUCGCAUUGCCCACUUUACUCAAACAACCGAAAACGUUGCUCAAGAAAAGCGAUUUUGGCCAAAGAAAUGCUUGCACACCACAGCAAGUCUCUCGCAUCGAGAAGUAUCUUCAUCUAUGUUAGAAUGUACCGGAAAGAUGGAACCUGCGAGGGUCUCGGACGAGUCAGAAUUUCCCGAUAGGGCGGGCAUUCCUCGACAAACUGAAUCUUGCUAAGCACGAUCUAUUACAAACGCUCGGGCGGUUUUUCGCAGAAAUCUCACCCCAUAUCAUGCCUUCAGCGCGAUUAGCAGCUUGUUCAAAUGUAUAUAAAGGCAUUCCUGUUAACUCAAGGGUGUUUCAUUCCGCUUUCUGCGCUUUCCUGUCCCACCCGUCAUGACAGAUACGCCUGGCGAUGAGCACACGCUCUACGACGUCGGGAACAACGACGUCGACCCACAGAACCAUCAUGUAAAUGUUCAACAGGCGGAACGCACUUUCAAUGAAUUAUCUCGAGCCCUUUCACGCCGUUCUGUCUCUGGUCAGCCUGAGGAUCGUUCCAAGACCGAGCGUUCCUCUGCCUCGUCAUAUGUCGGCAAGGACAUUGAGAAGGGUGCGGUCGAGGAGGCCUUUGAUCUUCGCGAGUACCUAUCAUCUACCAAUGACGCCAACCAGCAAGCGGGAAUCAACCACAAGCGUGUUGGUGUCACUUGGGAGAAGCUGCAGGUUGACGUUGUCGGUGGCGCUGACUUCAAAAUCUACGUCGAGACCUUCGGACAGGCCGCCCUUUACUUCUGGAUCACCCCCUUCAUGCUGUUAUGGAAUUUCAUCUCUCCGCUCCUCCCGUCCAAUAAAAACAACGUCCCUACCCGUACCAUUCUCCAUCCUUCUGAUGGUCUCGUAAAACCUGGAGAAAUGUGCCUCGUCCUUGGUUGCCCUGGUGCUGGUUGCACAACAUUCCUGAAGACUGUUGCUAAUGAACGUGGUGACUACGCGCGCGUCAUCGGCGAUGUUCGCUAUGCAGGCAUCGACGCGAAGGAAAUGGCCAAGUACUACAAGGGCGAAGUACUCUACAACCAGGAGGAUGAUAUUCACAUUCCGACUCUUACUGUCGGUCAGACUCUGGACUUCGCGCUGUCAACAAAAUCUCCCGGACCCAAUGGCCGUCUCCCCGGUAUCGCUCGUCGCGAGUUCAUGGAGAGCGUCAAGACGAUGCUCCUCAAAAUGCUGAAUAUCUCCCACACCGUCAACACCUAUGUUGGUGACGAGUUCGUUCGUGGAGUCUCCGGUGGCGAGCGCAAGCGAGUCAGUAUUGGGGAAAUGAUGGCCUCUCGCGCGCACGUCCUGUGCUUUGAUAACUCGACUCGUGGUUUGGACGCUAGUACCGCUUUGGACUUCAUCAAGUCCAUGCGGGCCAUGACUGAUAUCCUCGGCCAAACAACUUUCGCCACUCUCUACCAAGCUGGUGAGGGUAUCUAUGAACUCUUCGACAAGGUGAUGGUUCUCGACCAAGGUCGUCAAGUCUACUUCGGUCCGCCAUCGGAGGCUCGUGCCUACUUCGAGUCACUUGGCUUCAAGCCCCUUCCCCGUCAGAGCACUGCCGACUACUUGACAGGAUGUACUGACCCUAACGAACGUCAGUUUGCCCCCGGUCGCUCUGCUCGGGACGUGCCCACCAGUCCCGAGGCUUUGGAAGCUGUUUGGCUCUCGUCCCCGUUGUAUAGGACUAUGCAGGACCAAUUGCUCAAGUACAAGCGUGCGCAGGAGUCUGAGAAGCAUGACCAGGAAACCUUCCGCGCUGCUGUCCUCGCCGAUAAGAAGCGGGGUGUGUCGAAGAAGAGCCCUUAUACUGUCGGUUUCUUGGGCCAGGUCAAAGCUCUUGUCAUUCGUCAAUUCGUUAUGAGGCUCCAGGAUCGUUUCCAGCUUUACACUAGUUUUGGUUUAUCCACGAUCCUUGCUAUCGUCAUUGGCGCAGCGUACUUGAAUCAACCACUCACGGCAGCGGGUGCGUUCACAAGAGGUUCCGUCAUAUUCGUCGCCAUGUUGUCCUGUGCACUCGAUACAUUCGGAGAGCUUCCCGCCCAAAUGCUAGGCCGACCUAUCCUGAAGAAACAAAUCAGCUAUAGGUUCUAUAGACCAGCCGCCGUCGCAAUUGCCAACACAGUCGCCGACAUCCCGUUCUCCGCUGUUCGGAUAUUAUUAUACAAUAUCAUAAUCUACUUCAUGUCAAGGCUCGCUCGUAAUGCCGGUGGAUUCUUUACUUACCACCUCUUCAUUUACAUGGCGUUCUUGACCAUGCAAGGCUUCUUCAGGACCUUCGGAUUAAUGUGCACGAAUUUCGACUUUGCAUUCCGUCUCGCAACGUUCUUCAUCCCCAACAUGAUACAAUACGCUGGGUAUAUGAUUCCUGUCUUCCAGAUGAAGCGAUGGUUGUUCUGGAUUUUCUACAUCAACCCUAUGUCAUAUGCUUUCUCCGGCUGUGUUGAGAACGAGUUCAUGCGAAUCGAUCUAACGUGCGAUGGCCAAUACAUUGUCCCACGUAACGGUCCCGGAGUUACGAAGUAUCCUGAUAACCUUGGUCCCAACCAAGUUUGUACUCUUCCUGGUUCGAUCGGUGGUGAGACUACCGUCUCAGGCCGCAAUUAUCUGCAAAGUGGUUUCGGUUUGAACGUCUCGGAUUUGUGGCGUCGCAACUUCUUGGUCCUCAUCGGCUUCUUCAUCGUAUUCCAGAUCACUCAGGUCUUGCUGAUUGAGUACUAUCCACAAUACGGUGGCGGUGGUUCUGUCCUCAUCUAUGCUAAGGAGAAUGCGGAUACUAAGAAGCGGAAUGCUGCUCUUCGGGAGCGAAAAGCGCUCCGUGGCAAGUCGGACAUCAUCACUCAAACGGACAAAGAGGGUGCAGAAGAAAAAUAUGAGAGUGACGAAAAGGUCCACCGCAAGACAUUCACUUGGGAACGUGUGAACUACACCGUCCCAGUUCCCGGUGGCCAACGACGCUUGCUUCAUGACGUCUUCGGGUAUGUUAAGCCUGGCACGCUCACCGCUCUCAUGGGUGCCUCUGGUGCUGGUAAAACGACUUGCCUCGAUGUUCUCGCCCAGAGGAAAAACAUUGGUAUUGUCACUGGUGACAUCCUCGUUGACGGCCGGCUUCUUACCUCCGACUUUGCUCGUGGAACUGCUUAUGCCGAACAGAUGGAUGUCCAUGAAGGGUCUGCGACCGUGCGAGAAGCCAUGCGGUUCUCCGCUCAUCUCCGUCAACCUAAAGAGGUUUCUGAUGAUGAGAAAGACGCUUACGUCGAGGAGAUGAUUGAACUGCUUGAAUUACAGGACCUCGCUGACGCCAUGGUCAUGACCCUUGGGGUUGAGGCUCGCAAGCGCCUGACUAUCGGUGUGGAGUUAGCUAGUAAGCCUGAACUACUCCUGUUCUUGGAUGAGCCUACAUCUGGUCUUGAUGGUCAAAGUGCUUGGAACUUGGUUCGUUUCCUCAGGAAAUUGGCUAGCAAGGGUCAAGCUAUCCUUUGCACGAUUCAUCAGCCUUCUUCGCUCCUAUUCGAGAGUUUCGACCGUCUGUUAUUGCUCGAGCGAGGUGGUGAAACGGUCUACUUUGGUGACAUCGGUGAUGACUCUCAAAUUCUCCGUGAAUACUUCACACGCUAUGGCGCUGUUUGCCCGCCCAAUGUCAACCCUGCCGAGUUUAUGCUUGACGCCAUAGGUGCUGGACUCUCACCUCGCAUUGGUGACCGUGACUGGAAGGAUGUUUGGCUCGAUUCCCCUGAGUACCAAGCUAUGAGGGAGGAGAUCGACCGUAUCAAGAGUGACGCCUUGGCUCGUCCCGUCGAGAAUAAGAAGACCACGUUCUACGCUGCUCCUUUCUGGCUUCAACUCAAGGAGGUCGUGCUGCGCAACAAUCGUGCUUUGUGGCGUUCCCCGGCAUACGUCUUCACUCGUCUGUUCGUGCAUGCGUUCAUCUCGCUCUUCGUCUCUCUGUCCUUCCUGCAAUUAGGCAAUGGUACUCGGGAUCUCCAGUACCGUGUAUUCGCAAUUUUCUGGGUAUCUGUUCUGCCUAUGAUCGUUAUGUCCCAGAUUGAACCCUUGUGGAUCUUCAACAGGAGAGUUUUCAUUCGUGAAUCAUCGAGUCGCAUCUAUUCCCCUUAUGUGUUCGCUAUCGGUCAAUUGGUCGGCGAGAUUCCGUACUCCAUCCUUUGCGCUGUUGUCUACUGGGUUCUCAUGGUCUGGCCGAUUGGCUUCGGAAAGGGCGCUGCCGGUACCGCUGGCAACGGAUUGCAAUUGCUUGUCAUCAUCUUCGUCGAGCUCUUCGGUGUCACUCUUGGUCAGUUGAUCGGUGCCAUCUCGCCCAACGUCCAGACCGCCGCAUUGUUCAAUCCUUUCAUCGGUUUGAUCCUGACUACAUUCUGCGGUGUCACCAUUCCGUUCCCAACCAUGGCCAAAUUCUGGCGUGUCUGGUUGUAUCAGCUCGUUCCUUACACGAGGACGCUGAGCGCCAUGGUGUCCACUGAGCUGCAUGGUCUUGUCAUUACGUGCAAACCUGAGGAGUUCACCAGAUUCGACCCUCCGUCCGGUCAAACUUGUGCUCAGUGGGCGAACGACUUCGUCACUGCCUAUGGCGGAUACUUGGACAAUGGGGAAGAUACCGCCGCUUGCCGAUACUGCCAGUAUAAGGUUGGAGAUGAGUUCUUUACGCCACUGAACAUCCAGUAUGAGAACCGAUGGAGAGAUACAUGGAUAUUGUUCUGCUACUUCAUUUUCAAUGUCAUUGCGACUAUUAUUGCAUCUCGUCUAUUGCGUUAUGCUAAGCGGUAAAGCAGCCGCUGUCGCUCACGUCCAUUUGUAUCGCAUCGUUCUCCGUCUAUCCGCACUCAGGAAUCGCAAGCAACAUCAAUUGUAGCCUACAUCAUACCACGUUAGUUAGACAUUCAUCCAUAUAUUCUCAUAGAAAUGUCACGCUGCUCAGGAAUAUUUUCAACUUCGCUAUCAUAUUCUCACUUUCCUCGUGAUUCUUUACGCACAUGUUUACUAUUUACUUAUGUCCUUACGCGCCUUACGGCUCGCUCUUUUCGUACUUGAAGUAGUUAGGGUUCUUGUUAAUGUUGAUAAUGACGCUCGUUGUUUGUCGUAGAGUCAGUGUUGCAAUCGGGAUUUUCCUAGAUGCAAAGGAUGUGUUGUGCGAGAGAACAUCAUUCUUGUCUGCACGUAGAUUCACUGGACUUCCGAUUCGAGGAUAAGCCGUAUGAGUCCUAUGAUAAAUGCUCGUGCUCGUU